GCUGAGUCUCCGGUCCGGUCGACGAUCAAGGAAGAUGGGCGAAGCGGAGGCGGUUCAAACGGACGAAAAACAUUCGGAUUCGGCCAUCAGUCCGACAGAGGAUUCGGUGGUGUGGAGCCAGGAGGUGGAGGUCUGUCUUUUCCACGCCAUGCUGGGCCACAAGCCGGUCGGUGUGAAUCGUCACUUCCACAUGAUCUGCAUUCGGGACAAAUUCAGCCAGAACAUCGGCAGACAGGUGUCCUCCAAGGUGAUAUGGGACCACCUGGGGACCAUGUACGACAUGCAGGCUCUGCACGAAUCUGAAAUACUACCCUUUCCCAACUCUGAGAAGGCUUUUGUUCUUCCAGAGGAAAUAAUUCAAGAAGUGAAAGAAGGCAAGGUGGGGACAGAGGAGGAGGUCAAAGAAGAUACAAAGGAGGAGAGGGACCCGACGUCGACGCAGGAAGAAGGCAGCAGCUCUGUGAAGACGACCGAAAAAGGCAGCAGCAAAGACAAGGAGAAAGACAAAGAGAGGGGUUCAAGUGAGAGUUCAGCGAAGGAGGCGGCCGACAAGCGAAAAAGGAACCGGGUGACCGAGAAGGUGCUCAGUUCCAGCAGUAACCCCUCCAGCCCCGGUGGGGCCAAGCGCCGCAGGACAUAGCCAGCAGGGGAGGGCUGUCAACCUGGGGAUGGCAUCACCAGCAGGAGCGAAAGCAGACAGAAGAUCUGUACUUAGUACUGCUCCGUGAGGCAGUGAGAGGGGGAUUGAAGCCAACAGUGCAAAGCUACGCAACAAAGCAGAGAGUCAGGGAGUGGUGGGAUAGAAGGCACACAAGUGUUUCGCGUAUUAGAUCACAGGCAAAAUGGAGGCCUGGAGGGGUUAUCUCUGCAGACUAAGUAAACCAGAUGGCCUCAUGCAGUCCAAGGAAUUGCUGUGUAGAUGAAUUUGGUGACCUGCUUAAGUUUCUAGUUUUGGUGGGAUUUUAUAACUGUGAAGGGUUUCUUGUAGACUAGACUGCAGGGAACUGACACUGUCAAUUGCAGUGCUGUUAGUGUUGGACGUCUAUGGAGAGUAGCUGUAUUGAGGUGUGCAUGUUAUCUAAAUAGCUGGGCUGAGCCCUUGUGCCACAUUCACAGGGCUGUAAAGGAUGUAGAACAUGGGAUAGUUUCUAGUGAUUGUUUUAAUUUAGCAGGAAUCUUGGGCCAUUUCAAGAAACGACAUUCAUUCUAUUCAGUGACUGGUUUAUCACAUAGAGGGCAUACAGAUUUAAAACAUUUGUGCUGCAGUCACAUGGAGAAGGUUUAGACUCGUCUUUGAAUUCACCACAUUGAUGAGAAGCCUGAGAUAGCAGCACUGUACUUUGAGGAAAGCGUUUCUGCCAAGGAUGAGUUAUGAGAGUUCCCUUGUCAUUUCUUGAAAUUUCUCCUCGCAAAACUUUAUGAAAAUUGUAAGUCAUUUCUUGAAUUGUAAAAAAAGAAAAACACUAAUAUGAAGCCGAGUAUAUGUACGUGUAGGUAUCUUUUAUAGUGCUAAUUCUGCUUCCUCCCCUUUCAUUGUUUCAGAAUGAAAAAGCAUGUGGAAAUGUUGCACUUCAGCAUUAGUGCUCAGCAGUUAUGUGUUCAAUGUAUUUGUGAUUUUAUGGGUUGAGAAAGAUGGAUAAUUUCACUCCUUGUACCAUUUCCUAAACAUGAUCAGUA